AUGAAGAACGUCUGUCAAGUGUGCAUCUUCGACCUCGAUUUUGGUCUGCCGGUACAGGUCCGAGAUAAGUUCCUGUCGGAAGCCGAGAAGUUGAGUCUACCUGAAUCGACCGUUGGUCGAGACUACCAAGCACUCAACAACUCCCAAAAUGCCAAUCCAGCCUUGACCUAUGGCAAACUCAAGCAUCAUCCUAUGUUGCAGAAGUUGGCCAGAACAGCGCCGUAUUACGAGCGGAACCAGGCACGUAUAUGCUCCUUCUUUGUGAAGGGCACAUGCAACAGGGGAGACGAAUGCCCGUACCGGCAUGAGAUGCCCAAACCCGAGGGGAAUGAUCUGAACGACCAGAAUAUAAGAGACAGGUAUCAUGGUACUGAUGAUCCUGUGGCCAAGAAGAUACUCAAGCAGGCAGCCGAGAAGUUCCAGUUGGAAGCUCCGGAGGAUACUUCCAUCACUACUCUGUAUAUUGGUACUACAGGAUGGGCUAUCGGGGAAAGCAACAUUCGUGCGGAAUUCGAAGAGUUCGGCCAGAUCGACUCAAUCGUUCUUGUGGAGAAAUCCAACUGCGCUUUCGUCGAGUUCACUGGGCGCCAAUCAGCUGAAAAGGCCGCUGCAGAGAAGGGCGGCAGCAAUCUUGUUAUAAACGGAGCCCGCCUCCGAGUGUCUUGGGCUAAGCCGAAAAGCGGAGGACUAUCGGCUGGAUCGUCAGCCCUAGUCAAGGCUGCUGCAGAGGGUUCUGCCGUCAAACAGUAG